UGGAUUUAACAUAUGAUUCUAUUAAUUUAUCUGCGAUAUUUACAUACGUCGUAUUAACAAACAGAGGCUAGCGAAAAAUAAUUUAUCUGCUGUUAUCGACCUAAUUGAAAUUGCAUUUAAAAUAAGAGUAUCGCAAACUCGCAAACAGAGCGUAUCGAUAUUUCGAAUACCCGGCAAUUUCAGGUUAGCAGUGUAGUGUUUGGUACGAUUAGGUUAGAGUAGCUAUUUUCAUAAUUAAAAAUAUUCACGGUAAAUCUGAAUGUCAUGUGAUUAGUGUGAGGUUUUUGGAUUUUUAUAGUGAUUAACAUUCGAACACGUGUUCGUUGAAUCGAGUCAGAUUUUUCGCGGAGAAACGGUGCAUGUUGAGAAGCUAACAGUGUCAAAAUAUUCUACCAACUGUUCUGUCAGAUGUUUUUUAUACGACUUUGAUACGAAAAGACAAAACAACGUUCAAUUUAGAUUACAAUCCUCAAGAUAUUUCAUACGUUGAAAAUGGCUGCAAGUGAACCAGGUGUAUCAAUUCCUAGAGAUAAUAACAAUUGGAGACAGAAUUUAAUUUUACAGCUACAAGAAAGAAAUAGAAAACAAACAUACAGUUUUGCAGACCUUAUCAGUUUACAUAAUAGACUGUUUGAAAAUGCAAACACAUUACGAGGAGAAAAUAUCCAGUUAACUAUAGCAAAUGAAACUCUCCGUCGAGAAGCAACAAGCAAAACUCCUGGUGUAGGUGUAAAUGCAGAUCUUGAAGCUCGUCUUUUAAAGCAGGCAGAAGAGCUUGCUACGUUACAUAAACGAAAAGGAGAAAAUGCGCAACAAAUAGUAGAUCUUAAUAAUAAAUUGCAAGAAAUGAUGAAAGAGCUUCAAGCGAAGGAAGCCAGCCUUGCCGAAAGCAUGGAGCUUAAUGCCAAUUUACGUCUAGAUAUAACUAAAUGCCUUAGUAGAGAACGUGAGCUGGAAAGUAUCAAUCAGAUGUUGAAAGAUGAACAUCAAGCGCUACAACUUGCUUUUGCAUCUUUAGAAGAAAAGCUUAGAAAAGUACAGGAAGAAAAUCGUCAGUUAGUGGAACGCUUAAUCAAGUACAAAACUCGAGACGCGGAAAAAGUAAACGAAGAAAACGACAACUUUUUGAAUGAGAGUUUUUCCAGUCCGACAGCCUUUUUGAUGCAUACCAUAUCAAAGUUCGGAAAGAGGCAGGCAAAGGUGCAGAAGGAACUGGAGGACGCUGCCAGGGACACUCGACCCGUUAGUCCUGACAGGGGCAGUCUAAAAGAAGGAAUCGCUGGUCUUCCUACUGCGGUACCGACCAAAGUGUCGGUAACAUUUAAUGCGCACGACGGAGAAGUUUAUGCUGUAAAAUGGUCUCCUGUCGAGAGGAUCCUUGCAACUGGUGGAGCAGACAGGAAAGUGAAGCUUUGGAAUAUUACGAAAGGUUCUUCGGAAAGCAAAGGUAUUCUUGUUGGCAGCAACGCAGGAGUAAUGUCAGUGGACUUCGACUCAACGGGGACACUAAUUCUUGGAGCGUCCAACGAUUAUGCUACCCGGGUGUGGACGGUGAAUGAUCUUCGACUAAAGAUGCCCUGUACAUACUCGUACGUCAUCAAAGGAACGCACCUGUUUGGAAACCGAACUGGUGCUUUGGUUAUGCUAUAGACGAAUAUAUACGUGCACGUACAUGUCUUGUCAGUGGUAGAUAGAUUGAUGCAUGCAUAAUCGAUGCAAGCGUACGUGUUGAGAAAGCGUUAUUGUUGAGAACAUCAAUUAUUGGUCAGAAGUCUUGAGAUGUUACUAAUAUUUCGUUGAAUUUUACGGUGAAUAUUCCAUGAACGAUGAAAUUGUAAUG